AUGGCUGAAUCUAUUGCAAAGGAUGCUAACAAUGCAUUCUCUCUUUUAAAGACAUUGUCUAAUGACCAAAGGUCAUCUGCGUUACAGAAAAUUCAUGAUGCAUUACAGAAAAACAAGGGUCAAAUUAUUGAAGCCAAUAAGAUUGAUAUGGAUAAUGCUGUUAAGGGCAACUUGUCUUCAUCUUUAGUUAAAAGGUUGGACUUAUCAAACAGCGGAAAAUUUGAUACUAUGUUGCAAGGAAUUUUGGAUGUUGCUAACUUGCCAGAUCCAGUUGGAAAAUGUACCUUAGCUAAGAAGAUUGAUGAAGGAUUGAACUUAUAUCGUGUUUCAGCACCUAUAGGGGUUUUGUUGAUUAUUUUUGAAUCAAGACCCGAAGUUAUUGCGAAUAUUACUGCAUUGGCAGUUAAAUCUGGGAAUGCAGCUAUAUUAAAAGGGGGGAAGGAAUCGUACCAAACCUUCAAGAUUAUGAGUGAUAUUGUGAACACGACCUUAGACAAGGAAACAGACGUUCCAGGUCCGGCGGUUCAAUUGAUUCAAUCUAGAGAGGAAGUUGGUGACUUGUUACUGCAAGAUAAAUAUAUUGAUUUGGUUAUUCCUAGAGGGUCUAACGAGUUAGUUCGUAAUAUUAAAUCAAACACGAAAAUUCCAGUUUUAGGUCAUGCCGACGGUAUUUGUUCUAUCUAUAUUGAUAAGGAGGCUGACCUAGAUAAGGCUACAAGAGUAUUAGUCGAUUCUAAGACCAAUUAUCCAGCCGGCUGUAAUGCAGUUGAACAACUUUUGAUUCAUCAAGAUAUCGCAAAUGACGACGAGAAAUUGAGUAAAAUCAUAAAUUCGUUGAUUAAUGCCAAAGUAACUUCUCACGUUGUUCCAGAGAUCAAAUCAAAGCUUACAAACUUCAACCAAGAGUUCAUUAAGGAUGCAGCAGAUGAUGCAUUUGACAAGGAAUAUUUAUCGUUCGAUAUUUCGGUAAAACCCGUUGCUUCUGCAGCGGAUGCCAUCAGUCAUAUCAAUACCCACUCAUCAAAGCACACAGAAAGUAUUAUUACUGAAAAUAAGGCUACUGCUGAGACAUUUAUGAAAGCCAUUGAUUCUGCUGGUGUUUACUGGAAUUGUUCUACCCGUUUCGCCGAUGGAUUCAGAUAUGGAUUUGGAACUGAAGUCGGCAUUAGCACAAACAAGAUCCAUGCCAGGGGACCAGUUGGAUUGGAAGGUUUGAUGAGUUAUCAAUACCAAUUGAGGGGUGAUGGCCACAUUGUCGCAGAUUAUGUAGGCGGUGGGGGUAAAAAGGUAUUUGUCCACGAAGAUUUAGAUACUAACGUUAAUGUGUAA